AUGGACGACAGGAUGGACAUCGACUCCGAACCACGAGGCCUCAAGCGGCCGGCGCCAGACGCAGACGCAGACCACAACCCGCCAGCAGAGCGCCCGUCCAAGAUACAGGCGCUGGACCCCGAUGUUAUCAACAAGAUCGCUGCCGGAGAGAUCAUCGUGGCUCCCAUGCAUGCAUUGAAGGAGCUGAUCGAGAAUUCGGUGGACGCUGGCUCGACGUCGGUUGAGAUUAUGGUCAGAGAGGGCGGGUUGAAGCUGCUCCAGAUCACGGAUAAUGGCCAUGGAAUCGAUAACGAUGACCUGCCGAUCCUGUGUGAGAGGUUUACGACCUCCAAGCUCAAGGCCUUCGAGGACCUCUCCUCCAUCGCUACGUAUGGGUUCCGGGGUGAGGCCCUGGCCAGUAUCAGCCAUGUUGCCCAUCUGGCGGUGACGACGAAGACGGCCGGCUCGAGCUGUGCCUGGAGGGCUCACUACAGUGACGGAAAGCUCGUACCGGCUAAGCCAGGACAGAGUGCGGCUCCCAAGCCCAUUGCCGGGCGGAGAGGCACCCAGAUUACCGUUGAGGAUCUGUUCUACAACGUCCCCACGAGGCGGCGUGCGUUUCGAUCGGCGAGCGAGGAGUAUGCAAAGAUCCUUGAUAUCGUUGGUCGGUAUGCGGUGCACUGCAGUGGAACCGCAUUCUCCUGCAAGAAGCACGGAGAGGCCGGUGUCAGCCUGUCAACCUCCGUGAGCUCCUCCAUAGUCGACCGGAUAAGGCAGCUGCACGGCGGCUCCGUGGCCAGUGAACUCGUCUCCAUCCAGGUCGACGACAAGAAAUGGGGGUGUCGGACGUCGGCCUGGGUCACCAACGCCAACUACCACGCCAAACGGACCACGCUCCUCAUCUUCAUCAACCACCGCGCUGUCGAGUCGACGUCGAUAAAGAGGGCGGUGGAACAGACUUAUUCUACCUUUCUCCCAAAGGGUGGACACCCAUUUGUGUAUCUUGAUCUCGAGAUCGAGCCACACCGUCUGGAUGUUAACGUUCACCCCACGAAGCGAGAGGUUAAUUUCUUAAACGAAGAUGAAAUCAUCGAGUCUAUAUGCAGCGCCAUCAGGGCCAAGCUUGCUGCUGUGGACUCCAGUCGCACCUUCAUGACACAGACCUUGCUCCCAGGAAUCUACACACCCGACGCACCCGCACCACCUUCAACCGGAGACGCCUCUUUGACCGGGGAAGGCGAAAAGCUGGCUCUCCGAACCCUGGCAGGUGUGAAGCGGCCGUAUGAAAACAACCUUGUGCGAACAGAUGCGAAGUUGCGGAAGAUAACAUCCAUGCUACCCCCUGCAAAUUCGGAGAUAGGAUCUGGCGAUAAACAAGCGACGCCUCGAAAUGGUCAUCAGGGACUUGCUUAUCAAAAGGUCAAUCGGGAGGCGGUCAGUAUUCGUCUGACUUCCGUCAAAAACUUGCGUGCCUCCGUUCGCUCCUCGAUGCAUAAUAACCUCACCGAAAUAUUCGCUUCCAACACCUACGUCGGCCUCGUAGAUGAACGGCGUAGAGUUGCGGCUCUACAGUCGGGCGUCAAACUAUACCUAGUCGAUUACGGCAUGGUGUGUAACGAAUUCUUCUACCAGCUUGGACUCACCAAUUUCGGAAACUUCGGGUGUAUCAAUCUCGAGUCGUCUCCAAAAUUGGUCGACCUGCUCUCCCUCGCUGCAGAAGUAGAGCGCGAUGAAUACUAUCGUAGCAAGCAACAUACCGACUCUUCGUCUGACGGAGACGUGGCGUCGGUGACCUCAGAUGGUAGUCGCGGAGCCGAUGAGGGGAUGGGUGUCGAUUUCACCUCUAUCGCAGCUACCGUUGCGAAGCAUCUAAUCGAUCGCAGGGAGAUGCUAAGGGAGUAUUUCUCUCUUUCGAUAUCUGAAGAUGGAAGUCUAUUAUCUAUACCCCUCCUGUUGAAGGGAUAUAUGCCCUCACUAGCAAAACUCCCACGUUUCCUCCUCCGCCUAGGCCCAUACGUCGACUGGAGCGGUGAGGAAGCUUGCUUCCGCACCUUUCUAACGGAGUUAGCUGCCUUCUACACACCCGAACAACUCCCAACUCCCCCUUCUGCAUCUCGAAGCGAUCGUCGCGACCAAGAUAGUUCGGCUCAGGCCAGUGCUCGGCCCGGCAGUCCGCACUCUACAUCCUCGGAUGUUUCCAAGGGAAGUCAACAGACUGAUCAAUCAUCCAGUCUCGACGAGGCUGAAACGGAAGAUGAGUCAAUUACUCGUCGUCGAGAUCAGUUGUCAUGGAUGCUAGAACAUACCUUAUUCCCCGCUAUACGGUCACGACUAGUUGCCACAAACAACCUUGUCCGAGGCGUGGUUGAAGUAGCAGACCUAAAAGGACUCUAUCGGGUCUUUGAACGUUGCUAG